UCACCUCUCUGCGCUGCAUGGCGCGCAGCGCUCUCGGACCUGUCGCCCGCAGUGGCAGCACAGUUCACGGUCAAAGAGGUGCGCUUCAACCCCACCGCCCUUGCGCGGGGGUUCGGCGCGUUCGACUGCGUCGUGUCGCCUGCGAACACGUUCGAGAUCAUGGACGGCGGGUACGACCUCGCGCGAGAGAGCGCGUUCAUGGUGGACGACGACAUCUGGGCACUCACGAACACCGCGCAAGACGAGCUCCGCGCGCGACACAGGGGUUACCUCCCCCCGGGCUCGUGCCCGCUCGUCCCGCUCCCCGCUACACUCACCGCCGCGAACGGGCUCCGGUGCACGAGCGUCGCGGUCGUGCCGACGAUGCGCACCCCGGAGAGCGUCGCGUGGCACGUAGACCUCGUGUACGAGUGUAUGUGGAUCCUGCUCACCGCGCUCCGGCGCUGGAACGCGAGCGCCCGGACGGGGCGCCGCCCCGGGCUUGGGACGGGGAGUGGCGGGAUCGGGGCUGAAAAGUGCGCGAAGCAGAUGUGUUUGGCUGCGCUGGACUUUGCGCGCGGGUGGGGAGAGCAUCCAAGAUGGGACGAUGUGCUGCCGAGGGCGACGGAGAUGGCCCAGACG